UACACGUCAUUGGUCGUUGCUGAUGUGAUCCAAUGUGAUCGUACUUCGUAAAUUUUUACUUGCGAAACGCGAAUUUGAGAUUAUUUGGAGACGAAUUGACGUUAGCAACCAAAAUCUUUUUUGUGCAAUCAAAAUGGAGGCGUUGUAUCACCAAACCAAUAAAUUAAUACAAGAAACGCAGCACAUUUUCUCACAGCUCGAGAGAAAGACAUCCGACACGGAUCUGCAGGAAGUGAGGCAAACUAUCGAGGACAAAAUCACUCUUAUCAACAGUAAUUGCGAACGACUCGACAUGCUAUGCCUCAAGGGUCCAAUGUCGCAAAGGCAGAACAACAGAAUGAGAGUGGAUCAGCUCAAGUAUGACAGUCGUCAUCUCAGCGCUGCCUUGAACUCGUGGUACAACCGUGUGAUGCGGCAACAGAGGGAGGAGGCAGAGAGAGAGGCUUUACUGGCCAGGAAAUUUACCACUAAUGACCAUGUGGACAUCUUCAUCGAUCACACUGUGCAGCAUAAUAACAGCUUGCAUAAUGCCGUCCAUGGUAUAGAUGACCUACUGCACCAAGGCAGCAAUGUUCUGGAUAACUUGAAAUCUCAAAGAAUAACGUUAAAGGGAGCCCACAAACGUUUGAUAGACAUUGGUAAUACUUUGGGUCUUUCCAACACUACUAUGAGGCUCAUAGAGCAACGAGCUAAGCAAGAUGGAUUUAUUUUAGUUGCCGGUAUGACCUUUACUUGUAUAGUAAUUCUCUUGGUGAUAAUUUACCUUACUUAGACAUUCCAAAGAUUAGUAAGAUGUAUCUGCGAUUAAUUGUAAUUGAUUGCGCCUUUUAUAUAGGAUAUCCCAUUUUAAUGUCCCACCUCAAAUAACUUUUUUGUUUUUGAUCUUGGAGAAAAAAAUGUUUCAGACAAAAGUUGUAUGUCCUCUUUGAGGGAGACAUAAGGUGGUAUCAUUAGUUUGACCUUGAAUAAUUGCUUGGAGGUCAUGUGGAGGUCACCUCAAUACCAUACAAUUUUUGUCUGAAACAUUUUUUUCUCUAAGAUCAAAAAUAA